CGCCAACUCCCAUGGACGAACUGGUGUCGACAUUCCGAUGGGACUUGCUGUGGCAUGCGAUCACGGAGCGCGUCUACAGGGAGAUCAUCCGACCCCAUGUCCUCUUGAAUGGCAAUGCAGACGAAUGGAUCGGCCGCGUCGCCGCAUUCGUGGCUAUGGGCGUCUCCUUUCGCUUGCUUCGAAGCAUCCAAACCGCCAUCGCUGCAGGCACAUUGUCCGGGGUGGCGGCGGCCGUUCUCGUGUACUUUCGUCGGCGAUGGAGAGCUCGUCGACGUACCAGCGUGCAACAACUGGCAUCCGACACCACAUCCUCCACAUGUUCGUUCAGGUAGUACUAUUAUAAGCAACACCCGAAUCAAAACAACAUGACGUUCUUGUUAACCCAC